AUUUAAAUGUUAAGAAAUAAACAUAUAUAUGCUGUCUGAGUCUCUCAAAUGGUGUGCUAAUUGCUCCUCACAUUUUCAUCAGUCAUUCUUUGCGGUAGCCUAAACAAAACAAAUGAAUUUGGCGAGUCUGCAUUUGAGAGAUACAGCUGGAGUUGGCAGCACGUGGGUGGACCUGAGAGCACAGUAAUAAUUUCAGCACUUGCCAUUAUGCUCAUUUUAUUUGUCUUCUGAAGAACAUAUACACUUUAGUGCCUGAUUUUUGACACAUGCAUUUUCUCCAAGGAUUCAGAACGUGGACCUUGCUGCAGUUGCUACAUUUCCCUCUGUUUAAACUGACAGUUAUGUGCUGUGCAGAGUAGCUAGGAGAAGGUGAAUUGUCAUGAUGACAACAUCGACUGAUGCAUAUAUUCCUUAAAUAUCAACCUGUGGAACUCUAUUCUCACAGUCACUGGAUUUAUCAGUUUUCCUAGGGAUAUACACUACUAUUGCAAUCUGCUGCUAAACUGAAAUAUGCUGUUUGCUUGGAUGAAAAUGAUGUCUCAGUCAUAGCAAAGUCUGUUUUUCUAAUGCAUUCAUCCCCUUUCUGGUGAGAUGUGGAGUGUAUAGUAAGUGUUUCCAUAAAAUAUUUGCCUUGCAGUGAAUUCAUCAGAAAUAAUUCUUUCUAGAAAGCAAGAACCUUUAUGUUUCUCGGCUGAGACAGUGAGUAAUAAUUGGACAACCGAAUACCUCUGCAUGGAUGUUAACAAUGUGAAAGCUCUAGAUGCAUGCUGGAAGAACUUGAGUGCUUGGUCACUGGAAACACAGUACCUGGCUCACACGUGUGCAUACAAGUACAAAGAAGCUGCUGCUAGUACUGUAUGCUCAGGAAAUAAAUAGUGCUUUGUACCUCCAAGGAAAAGCAGUGGGUUUGUCUUAGACUGAAUAACUACACUGCCAGCAUCUUCCCACUGCUUGAUUAGUCUGAUGUGUUUUGAUAGACAAAUGUUGUAACACGUGUGCAGCUGCUCAGAUGUGAGGUGGGCUGAGGAAUGCUCGAACUUGGUUUUGGAACUACUGCUGUUACCGCUGCUUUCGCUGUUGCUACUUCUGAGUUUCCUGUAGCUGUACUACCUUAGGACACUUACCAUGGGGUCGACUGUUACUGAAACAGAGGAAUUUGAAAACAGCUCUUUAAAGUAUCUCACAGAAGAGCAGACUGGAAAAAUGUGGCAAAGGCUGAAGGGAAUGCAGAAGUACAGAAACACUUCUGAAAAACUAAGGUGUUUGGUGAAACAACUGGAAAAAGGUGAAGUGAAUGUGUCGGAACUGAAAAAGAACAUUGAAUAUGCAGCGUCAGUUUUAGAGGCAGUCUACAUUGAUGAAACACGACGGUUGCUGGACACAGAAGAUGAAUUAUCUGAUAUCCAGUCAGAUUCUGUCCCAUCAGAAGUACGCGACUGGCUAGCAUCAACCUUUACAAGAAAAAUGGGAGUGGUAAAAAGGAGACCCGAAGAGAAGCCUCGGUUUCGGAGUAUUGUACAUGCUGUACAAGCUGGUAUUUUUGUUGAAAGGAUGUAUCGAAAAACCUCUACUUUGGUUGGCUUGACAUAUCCACCUGGAGUAAUAGCAUCUCUAAAGAAUGUUGAUAAAUGGACCUUUGAUGUAUUUGCCUUAAAUGAAGCAAGUGGGGAUCAUGCACUGAAGUUCAUGGUGUAUGAACUGUUCACUCGAUACGACCUCAUCAGCCGUUUCAGGAUUCCUAUAUCUUCCCUUGUAGCAUAUGUGGAGAGCCUAGAGAUGGGAUACAGUAAACACAAAAAUCCGUACCACAACUUGGUCCACGCUGCUGAUGUAACGCAAACAGUCCAUUAUCUUAUGCUCCAUACAGGUAUCAUGCACUGGCUUACAGAACUGGAAAUUUUAGCAAUGGUUUUUGCAGCUGCCAUACAUGACUAUGAACACACAGGGACCACAAAUAACUUUCAUAUUCAGACUAGAUCAGAAGUUGCAAUAUUUUACAAUGACCGCUCUGUUCUUGAAAAUCACCAUGUGAGUGCUGCCUAUCGACUUAUGCAAGAAGAUGAAAUGAAUAUUUUACUAAAUUUGUCCAAAGAUGACUGGAGGGAACUUCGUGCACUGGUCAUUGAGAUGGUUUUAGCGACUGAUAUGUCAAGUCAUUUUCAGCAAAUUAAAACUAUGAGGCACAGUGUGCAACAACCAGAGGGUUUAGAUAAAGCAAAAGCCAUGUCUUUGAUGCUUCAUGCAGCCGAUAUAAGCCAUCCAGCUAAAACUUGGAAACUGCAUCACCGCUGGACAAAAGCCCUGAUGGAAGAAUUUUUCAGACAGGGAGACAAAGAAGCUGAACUUGGUCUUCCAUUUUCCCCACUUUGUGAUCGAACAUCCACUAUGGUUGCUCAGUCUCAGAUAGGUUUUAUUGAUUUUAUAGUUGAGCCAACAUUCUCUGUUUUGACAGACGCAACAGAGAAAAUUGUUACUCCUCUUAUAGAGGAAGCUAUAAAACCUGGAGGUGCCAGUUCCAGAAUAUCCAGUGGAGGAAGUGGUUCUGGUGCCGAUACUAAGAAGCAAAACCUAAGGAGUAUUACAUUUGAUGGAGGACAUUCAUCGGAAUAUUCCUUAGCAAGGGUAGACCUUAAGAGCUUUAAGCAUAACUUGGCCAGCAUCAUUCAAGAAAACAAAGAGCGAUGGAAGGACUUGGCUCUUCAGGCAGGUUCACCUGAACACUGUAAUCAAUCUGAAGACACCUCAGAGUCUACUAAACAGACAAAUGAUGUUAAUCACAGUUAAGCAUUACUGCAAUAAGAAUUCCACAGAGUUAGGAAACAAAGUUUCAGAAAAGAAUAGCACUGAAAACAUAACGUAUCGUUGACUCCGCAAUGAGGCCAGAAUCUCUAAGCCUGGUUUGCAUAUUUUUUUAAUGUAUGUUAUAAAUAAGACAUCUCUCCCUGAGCUGGUAACUCAGGAUGAAUUACUGCCCUCAGAAGCUUGGAUGCCUUUUAUGUUUUUCCCAGGUGAGAUCUUCUGUAAAGCCAGACUACUUCAUAACAUCUAAAACCAAUUGCUCAUUUCCUUUACUAUAUUCAGUACUACUUUACCUAUAUUUAUUUCCGUUGUAGAAUAUAUAUACAAAGUACUUCUGCUGCUAUCAUUUGCACAUGGUUUUAAUAUUAUGGAACUGCUGCAACAAGAAAGACUAUUUUCUGUUCAGAUUUAGUAGAAGGCAUUAAUCCUAUUGCUGUCACAUUCUUCCAGUAGCAAGAACCUGAAGUUGGAGGUUGAUUUACCUGUUGACAUGUGAGGAUCUGAAGUAAUGCCAUAUAAUUCAAGUCUAUACUUUGGGUCCUAAUUCUGUAUUAGUGGACUAUGCAGCUCCUUCUUUGCCAAACUAGUUAAUCUAAUUGCUUUCAGUAAAUAAUGUGUGCAUUGUUAAUGAACAGCCAGUCAUUCAAUUCAUCCAAAUAAUGUACAGAGCAUAAAACAGCAGCACCACUAUCCAAAAGGAACAUCAUGUAUCAAUAAAUGUCAUAACAUUUGCUUCCUAUAUAUCAACGAAUAAGUUAUAAAGUUACUGGGCAUUAAGCCUUUUUGGGCAUUGUGAUGAGUUUCAGAGUUUAUAAUGUCUUAGAGCAUACACCUUCCAGAAACAAAGCAUCCUUUGUUAACUAAUUGCUUCUUAGUAAUGUGAAAUUAGAAUAAAAGAUGCACCUCAAAUGUCCCAUAUGAGUGUACUAACUUAAAACAAUCGUAAUGAUAAUGGACAUUUGUUUGUUUUGUAUUGCCUAAUAUGCUGUGAUUUCACUUACAGUGUAAGCUGGAACUAUGGAAGGGUGACAGUUUUAUUGUUCAUUAUAACAGUAUACUGCAAUUGGUUUCUUUAGGGCUGUGCAUGUUUUUGGGCAUAUGCCCUUCUUUUUCAACAAAUGAAUUAUAUAUGUAUUUAAUUAUAUUCAAUAAAUGUUUAUUUUUUUCUUAUUUAGAGUUACAGUAUUUUGUAUGUGAUUCAGUUCAGGCUUUCUGUGUAAAGUCAAUAUCUAUUAGCUGAACUGAAAGUUUUAAAUUAAAAGUUUUAUAUUGUUUCAUGGCUUUCAGAGUAUACUUUUAUUUCAAACUAUGUCCUUCCAUCAGAAACUGAAAAAAACUAAUUUACAAAUUAUAUUAUUUAACAUGCUUGCUAAUAUUAUAAAUAAAAACAUUCUGAUAAGAAUAGAAAAUAUGAGAACAAACGACAUCAAUGCUGUAAAAUUAUGGAAAGUGGUGUUUGGCAGACUGAACUGAACUGAAAAUGAACAAAAUGUAAUCUUUGGAAAAUUAUUGAAUUACUUUUCUUUCUUAUUAAUCUCUGAAAACAUAAUCUUGAGUUUCUAUUUCAAAGCCAUAUGUCUCUAUUUUCUAGGAUGCUGCCUACCAAUAAAAGCAUGAUUUGUUUAAAAAAUCAAACAUAUUUAACCCAUCAUUUGCACUGAAAAAUGUACAAAAGGGACAUAUCAUUCCUGACUUUAGCAUUGUCCUUAUACAGUUGUAAGAUGUGUACAUAUUCUAUAAAGCAGAGAAUAAAUGCCAUGUCAUGUAUAAGCACUGUGACUGCAACACAUGUGAAACACGAUGUUUGUAAGACACAAUCUUUUUCCACGAGUCAUUUACUUUGGGUUAACUCUUGCAAGACAUGUCUGCCUUGCAAUUUUGCUAAUCAUUUAGUCACUAUGGGAAAUGUCAAUUUAUUCUGAUUAGUUUAGAAUGUAAUUCCUCCGGCAUUUAUAAAACAAAUGAUUUAAGGAAUAAAGUAUUGCAAUUUUGAGAUUUUUUCAGUGGUACCAUUUUUAUAUUAUUUAAUUUCUUUGCAAUACAAAAGCAGUCCUUUUGUGAAUAUGUUUGAUUUGUAUUGCAGGUGAUCAGUACAGUAUUAUCAGUACUGUUUGAUAAUAACUAGUUCUAGUUAAAAUGUAUUCUUAACAUGUACAUAUAACAGCCAUGCAAAUAAAAUAACUAAUCACUUUU